CACACUCCACCUGAGGAUCUUAAGAGAGCACCACUCAAUGUCUGAGUUUUAAAAAACAUAUUUUAUCUCAGGAUUUGCUCUCCUAAAUAUCGAUGGAUCCCACAGUGCUGCUGAAUCGGGCUGUCGCCUCACAUGCUGACCUUCUGUUGGGGACGACAACUCAGAGCUGCUCUGAGAACAACCUGAGGUUUAUCUGUGAGCUGCAGCCUGGUCCCCCACAGGAGUCCGUUGAUGAGGAUUACAAUGUCAAUAUGGAUUGCGAGUCAGUCUCAGUCAUCCUCCCUGCGCAGUGCAGUGUCUACCAGCUGCGGCUACGCAUCUGUAUGCAGGCACAAGAACAAAACUGCCACCCAGACCCACUUGCAAUACUGGAUCCAGAGAAAUACACUCUGCUAUAUGCCAGGGGGGAAGACUGGUAUGAGGCCUACGAUGACUGUCAGGUUAUCAGGACGCUUGACAUUUCAUGGUCAUGUGACGACUCUGGGCGUCUGUUGGCGCACAUGGUGGUAAAACCACUUGUGGUAGUUGAUUCAGAGGAGAGGAAGAAACAGCAGCAGUGUCUGGCUUACCUGAUUGGACACGACCUGGAGAAAGAAGCGCCUGACAGGCUCGGUGAGCUCACAUUCACCCGCAGGAAACUGGCAUCUCCUAGGAGGCAAGAACUGAGGCAUCGGAAUGAUGUGUUGUACGCUACAGAGCCUUGGAUCACACACGCCCCCAUUUCAACUGACCUGCAGGACCAGAUAAACAGGAAGCUCCCUGUAGCCCUCCAUUACAUGAACAAGAUCAGCUUCAGCAUACAGGUGGAUUUUAGCACAACUCCAAAUCUUCUUCUGAAGGUUUUUAAAAGGGUGAUGGCAGACGAGAAGGUUGAUUAUGACACUUCGGAAAAAUUGGUGUUGAAGGUCACCGGGAGAGAGGAGUUUUUAUCUGGAGAUUUCCCCCUGAGCAAUUUCCUCUGGGUUCGACAGUGCAUGAAAACCAUUCAAGACCUCCACCUCUCUGUGGUCCCCGUGUCGCAGCUCGCCGAUGAGUCCGUCAAGUUUGUGGACUGGCCCCUGGUCGAUGAUUCCAGUGGCGAGUUCAGCUCCCAUGAUGAUCUUCGCCUUGACGGGAAGGAUUUGGACGAUAUCUUUAUGAUCUCCUUGUGGGACUGCAACAGAAGACUCCGAGUGAAAUUGCUUGGCUUUGACAUCCCAAAACUUCCAAGCAAAUGCCCUCAGUGUGUUUAUGUUACAGCAUCCAUACUCUACGGUAACAAGGUUCUCUCUUCAGUGUCCUCAGCUCCAAAGGCGUUCGCAGAUGAAGUGCUGUGGAAUGAGUGGCUGGACUUCGAUGUUAUUCUCAGGGAUCUGCCACGUGGAGCCAAGUUGGGUUUCACUAUUAAUUCAAGUGGUGGUGACAAUUCCCCAGACCGUAAGCCCUCAGUCAACAAAACAUCAGACCUGCAGAAAAGGAAGGGGAAGACCCAGUGGGAUCCAUAUCACAGUUAAAAAGAAG